ACGGGGUGGCACAGCACGCGCACAAACCCGGAGCAGCAGCAGCAGCAGCAGCAGCACGAGGCUUCUGCCUGUUAAGAGAUGAGCGACGACGAGCAAAGCAAACAGCCGUUUCUGGACGGCUCCACACCAAUCCCCUUGGCUUUGGGGGGCAAAAAACAGCCUCGCAUGCCGAAAUGCUCCCGUUGCAGGAACCACGGCUUCGUCUCGCCUCUGAAGGGCCACAAGCGCUUCUGUAACUGGAGGGACUGUCAGUGCCAGAAAUGCAAACUGAUAGCGGAGCGCCAGCGCGUCAUGGCGGCUCAGGUGGCUCUCCGGCGUCAGCAGGCUCAGGAGGAGGAGAUGGGCAUCUGCACCCCAGUGAACCUCUCAGGUCCAGACGUGGUGGUGAAGAAUGAGCUGGGAAGUGAUUAUGGCUUUGCAGUGGGAGCGAGAUCACCUUCUUCCCCCAGUACUGGAUCCGCAUCUUCUCCUGCUGCAUCUGGGAGCCGCUCUUCGUUGUCACAGAGCCCCACGGCAGCCAGCAGGGGACACUCUGAGGGCUCUGCUGACCUGGUGGUGGAUGGCUCCUACUACAACUUUUAUCAGCCUACCCGCUACCCAGCGUACUACAGCAAUCUCUACAAUUAUCAACAGUACCAGAUGCCCAGUGGAGAUAGCCGUCUGUCCAGCCACAACAUGCCCCAGCAAUACCGUAUGCACUCCUACUACUCUGCAGCUUCCUACCUUAGUCAGGGCCUGGGCACGGCUGCCUGCAUGCCCCCCAUUUUCACCCUGGAGGACAAUAACGUCUGCCCUGAGGCCAAAACUGCAGCUUUCUCUGCUGAUGGAGUUCCCGACACCAGCUUGGCCUGCAUGCCCAUCAACCCUAUGGUGAGUGCUGAGAACAAGGCAGAAUGUGAGCCCAACUCCGACUCUGGAGCAUUUACUGUGGACUCCAUCAUAGAGGGAACUGCCAAGUAAAAGUCUCAGAGAAUAUACCAGCUGCACUUGACUUAUCUCAUGGCACUAUGGUACUAAGACCUUGUUUUUUUUCCUCAAGAGAUCAGCAUUAUAUGCUAAAAUUGUUGUGACCAUCAAGUUCAGAUUUCUAUUAUAGUUUGAUUUCUCCCAAUAGCUGCAUUUUUUAGUGACUGAAUUUUGUGAAGUUUGCUGAAAUAUUUAAAAAUUUUGUUUUAGCCCAAAUUACUUAAGGACCUUUAUAUGCCUUCAUAAUCAUUUAGAUGCCUUCAAUAAUCACCAGAGAGUUAAAGAGUUUGCGUAAACAGGAGACUUUUAAAAAUAUAGAUGUAUGUCUAACCAGACCUGUUUAGAUCAUUAUACAAUUAAAAAGAUUGUUUUUUCCCCUAAGAGUUCAUUCACAUGCGAAACUGCAAUCUGUGGUACAUGUCAGCUUUAUAACUUUUAUUAUUGCUUUAAUAACUACAGAUGUUUCAACCAGAUUUUUUAGCAUUAAUGUACAGCAAAUGGAUCCUUACCCAUACUAUGAUAUUCAGUCUCAGAUCAUUUUUAGCACCUUUCGUCCAGACAACAGGGGAUGCAGUUAUGGGUUAGUAUGCAGGAAGGAAUACUAAUGAAUUAUGCUUCAAUCUCACUACAAACAGUGCGUUGUUUAUUUAUAGCCACCAGCAAAAGGGCAUCAUUUAACUUUGGAUGAUUUGCAUCACUAUCUACCUCCUUGAAUUGUGAGAGGUGCUUUACCACACUUUAGUUUAUAAGCCGAGUGCUUCUGCCCUUUCUUUGCAUACCACAGAGUUGUCGCUGUUUGCCCUUGAAAAUAAUACCCCCUGAAAAAUGUUUGAUAACUUGCCUUCGUUAACAAAUACACUCUACGAUUCGGGCAAUUUUUUAUACAUUUUUAAAAAAAAUUUGGACACAUAUCCAUUGCAAAUUGGUCUCUACAAUUAAUCUUAGACACAGUCUAAAGAAAAUAUAUUAUCCAGCAACAUAUUUUGUACUUUAUCGUUUUUAUACCCCAGAAAAUGAAAUAUCUUCCAGUUAAAUAAGGCAAGCUGAAUUACACAUGCAAGCCAUUAUUUGUAUUUUAUUUUCUUAAUAAAAAAGCAAGAAGACUGAACAUCCCUCAUUUCUUUCUCCGAUUAUGAACAGUGAAGGUGUUACCAUUUAUACAGUUUGUUCAUGUUAAAAUUUACGUUCUUAAUUAUUGCAACACUGAGUUGUGAGCUGUACCACAAAAUGGUUCUAUUGCUGUAGUCUGUGCACUGUGUUACUGUGACUGACUGUUAUGGAGAUUAAUUUCAAAUGCCAUGUUGCAAAAGCUGCAGUUAUUGUUAUGUCUUAAUAAAACACCAAGAAAGCUCAUUUAAAGUGCUCUGUUGUUUAUGCAGCUGUGUGCCCUGGGAAAAUAGAAACUGUUAUUGAUGACUGAUUUUCACUCCGCUUGUGAAUACAGUGCACCACAUAAAGCCAAAAAUGAAAAUUACUUGUAUUUUCUUUGCCCAAGACGCUGAAAACAUUUAUUCGAUUUUGCCCCAUCUGCUAUAAUCAAUAACCUGACCAGCUUGGUUUUUUUUAUCCUUUUUUUAUUAAACACACUUAACUCUUAAUUUCAUCCCCCAGUGGUUUUAGUGAGAAGAAUGUGUAGUUACCUAUAUGGCUCUGACAUUAUAAAUCACUGCCGCAGAGCGGAUUGGGCAGCAGUA